CCUGUGAGCUUGAACGCCCAACUCUCGAGUCUCUGCUAAAUCUGGCAGACGAAUUAUUUAGGUCGGGUCAUUUUGGAUCAGCUAACAUUCGUUUCGAGUUGCGUUAAUUCAGGAUUCGGACAUGUUAUGGAUUGGGUCAAUUUUGAGUUAUAUUAGAUUUUGGAUUUUGGGUCAAUUUUUAAGUCAUGAAUUGGGUCAAGAUUGUCGGGUAUAGUCUCUACCCAAGACUCAAUUGAUCAUUUGGCACACUCUCCAACAUCACCCUCCUGGAGUCCUAGUCUCUCAAUCGCUCCCGCCUUGAUCAACCAAUAGUUCAUCUCAUCGACUCACAGCAAAUAUAAAAAAAAAAAACAACCAAAAAAAAACAUUUUCUCUUUCCACCUUCAACCAAAUCCGGCAACAAUGGAGAAACCCACAUCAGAAAAUCUGAUAAUCGUAACCCAAGAACCCUCAACUGGUAUAGCCCAAGUAAUAAUAAACCGACCCAAAUCCCUGAAUUCGUUGACCAAAUCCAUGAUGAGAUCAUUAGCUCAAGCAUUCAAAUCCCUCAACGCAGAUGAAUCCGUCAAAGUCAUCAUCUUGUCGGGUUCGGGUCGGGCCUUCUGUUCUGGGGUUGAUCUGACUGCUGCGGAAGACGUAUUCAAAGGUGAUGUUAAGGAUGUUGAGGGUGAUCCUGUGGCUCAGAUGGAGCGGUGUAAGAAGCCUAUAAUUGGGGCUAUUUCUGGGUUUGCUGUUACUGCUGGUUUUGAGAUUGCUCUUGCUUGUGAUUUGAUUGUUGCUGCUAAAAACACCAAGUUUAUUGAUACUCAUGCUAGAUUUGGGAUAUUUCCUUCAUGGGGGCUCUCACAGAAGCUUUCUCGCAUUAUAGGGCCAAAUAAAGCUCGUGAAGUGUCACUGUCUGCCACUCCUUUGACUGCAGAGCAGGGUGAAAAAUUGGGAUUUGUUAAUCACGUAGUUGAAGUCAGUGAAUUGAUGAAAAAAGCUCAGGAAAUCGCAACUUCAAUUGCAAAGAACAACCAAGACCUUGUUUUGCGGUAUAAAUCAGUCAUAAAUGAUGGUCUGAAGCUCAGCUUGGGUGAUGCACUUGCACUGGAAAAGGCGAGGGCUCAUAGUUAUUAUGAUGGAAUGACAAAAGAGCAGUUUAAGAAAAUGCAGGACUUUAUAGCUGGGCGAAAUACAGGACGGUCCAAGCUGUAAAAAUGGUAUCCUUUCACUUUGUUGUAAGUGUUCCAGUGAUCACUGGAGACAUCAUUUCACCAUGUUGUAAAUAGUGUUCUGUGAUCACUGGAGACUUCCUUUCACCUUGUUGUCGAUUAAGUGUUCAGUGAUCACUGGAGACUGUAAAGUUGCUGCAGAUGACAUUAAGGUUUCAGAUCAAUAAUCUAUUACAUAUUGAACCAUUUUCAGAUCAAUAUUGUAAUAGAUCAAUAAUCUAUAACAAUAAGUUGCUGCGGAUAUCUGAAAAAGCUGUCUUCCUUUA